UAUGCUGUGAAAAAAUUAUCACAAUUAAAUAAUUUAAUUCAUUUAACAAUACAAAUACCAACCCUAGAUCUUGGAGUUGAACUGGUGCAAUCCGUAUUCAGUCUAACAAAAUUAAAAUCUUUAUCACUGACAGCGAACGUCAUGUCACGUUUUGAUUAUCUUCAUCCACAACAACAACAAUCAUCGCUUGAAUAUUUUAUAUUGAAUUGUGAUGUUCAUAUAGAUGACUUGAAUGCAUUAUUUAUCUUUAGGCCAAAAUUAAAAUACUUCAAAGCAAAAAUAAUUAAUCACCGAUUGAUGGCUUAUACUCAAAAACACAAUAAUCAUAAACAACAAGCAUUUUUACCAUAUUUAAAAGAAAUAGAAUUAGAAAUUAAUGAACCAAUUAAUUAUAAUCAACUUGUUUUACUAUUGAGAGAAUCCACAGCAACAAAUCUAGAAAUAGCAACAAUAAAUAUUCGAUACUAUUUUUAUUGUGACGUUGACCAAAUAUUAAUAGAAACAUUAUUUCGAUCUGCAUUUCUAAUGUUGAAAACACUAAAAAUUCGUGUUUAUAAAAAAAAUGGAUGGAAUUCCCGAGCCAAUUAUUUUUAUGGCUUCUGUCGAAAUCUUUUGGGAUGGGUGAAAUUCUAUAACUACGCCGGUGGAGAUAGUAAUUUAAUUUUACAAAUGACUAUUGUUAUAGUAUGUGCGUCAGUAAAAUCGAUGUAA